UCAUGGUGACGGUGAACGGAUCCAGCCAGCAGGAACCAGUGUCCUGCAGCGACCGAUCCGUGCAUCUGAAGAGUGUAGAGGUGCUGAGUCCUCCCGAGAUCACGGCCCAGUGUAACAGAACCCACGCGCUCAUGCGCUGGAGCAUGAGGAGCCUCUUCCCUCGGACGUUCACUUACCACCUGGAGAUCCGGCAGAGCUCAACUUUUGUGUCCAACACGACGGUGAGUGACCCGGGUCCUGACACCCCCCA